CCCGAUCUGCGCGCGUUCUGGAAGGUACCACGGGGAUGGGAGUUUCGGGACCUGGAGCAAAUGACUUCUGAGGGUCAACCAAAUGAGGCCUGGAAUGGAGUCUACUUGAAAUGGUUCUCAUUCGCAUUGGAUGAUCUCCCGGAAAAUAGUUCUGUCCCACUUAUUUUCUGUCGAGAGUAUCGCUUAGCGGCGGGAGAUGUGUUUAUUGUGAAGCUUGCUCCGCAAGAACAUGAUGAGCAGGGAUGGACCGCCUACGAGGAUUUUCUACCAGAGUUCUUGGAG